ACUCGAUGUGAAUAAAAUUGACAUUCGGCCGAUCGCUAAAGGUUUGAUUCUUUUUGGCAUUACAUUAUUUGAAAUAAACUUAUUUCACAAAGUAAUAUAACAACAUUAUAAAAAUGAAUGGUUUAGUGAAAACAGCGCAAAGAGUUAUGCAAAAUUGUGUUAAAAAUGCCAGCAUAACGAGCGCUUUGGUGUCCCGAAGUCAAGCACCUGUAAAACGUGACUUCACGAGAGGUAUAUGGCACAUGAGCUGUUCCAGUCGUUUGGGAGGUUCUGCUACUAAUAUAUUGCACAAUCACUCGAAUACUUGCAGUUGCGGCUGUGGAUUAAAGGCGUUGCACACAAAAGACCAAGAAACUCCGCAAGCAAAACGUAAAGCACUUGGUGAAAGAGAAUUAGUUGAGUUCCUGACUGAGGAGAUUGUGGCAGAACGUAAAGCACAGAAGUUGAAGACACUCCCAGCGGAAGUAGAAGGCUUCCAAGUCAAGGGAGAUGGUGCUGAAGUAGUCCUAACCAAACAACUCAAAGAUGAAAUUGUAAAAAUCACAUUCAAUGUGAACCACACAGUUGACUCUGAAGAUUUUGGUGAAGGGGAAGUUCAAACGGAAAAGCAGGAGUUCACAGAGAUGCGCUCCAAGCCUCAAUUUGAAGUUGAUCUAGUGCGAGGUGAUGCCACCUUAGGAUUCACAUGCUCCUUCCUACAGGAGCCACCAGCGGCUGGUGAUGAAUACAAUGACAUCUUUGGUAUUGAUGAGGUGACGCUGUACAAGGGAGAAUGGUCAGAGAAGGUGUAUGCUGUUGCUGGAGAUGUACUUGAUGGUUACCUAUACGACCUGCUGAUGAACUUACUUGAAGAAAAGGGUGUUAGUAACGAGUUUGUACAAAAGCUAUCUGACUUCAGCACCGCAUAUGAGCACUCAGCCUACAUUGCUAUGCUUGAGGGCAUCUCCCAAUUCACCAUUGGCAAGAAGUAAACAUCAAAGAGAUGUUGACAUCUAUGGUAAUGUUGACACGCUUUGGUGAUAUGAAAGAAGUGUCCAAUUUAUUUUUAACUGA